AGUUCAAGUCCUAUUCAAGAAAAAGGAUUUGAAGAUUGAGAAAGAGAGAGAGAGAGAGAGAGACAGAGAUCCGCGAAGAGAUUUAGGGUUUUCGAUCGCUGAUGUUUGUUGGGGAAUAGGGUUUUGGGAUUGUGAUUUAGGGCUGUGGUUCUGAAUCCAUUGAUUCUUGAUGGAGAAAAAGGUGGAUGGGGAGCAUAUGGUUGGGGAGAUGGAGAAGAGAGUGGAAGAUGUGAGUUUAGGGUUGGAAGUGAAGGAUGAUUUGAAGUGUUGUGAGGAAAAUGAAGUUUUUGAGGAGGCGAUGGAUGGUGAGAAUUCCUGUGUGCUGAAUAAUCAGGAUUCGGUGAACGGAGAUGGAAAUGGAGAGGCUGAGGUUGAAGCUUCUGAAGGAUUAGCUGAUGAUGCGUAUGGUGGUGGUCGGGAUGCUGAAGAUGGUGUUCAGAUAGAUGAUGAACUAGGAGAUGUUUCUGGACAGAAGAUGCAAGGUGUUAAUGAGUCUGAGUCUGUUCUUGAAGAUGGUGAUGAUGAAGGAGUUCUGUUUAGUGACUCUAAUGGUUAUGAGGAAAAGAUAGAAACUCUGAAGGAGUCUGUGUAUCUUACUGAAGGAGAUGAGAAAGAUGUUGAGACAAGAAAACUGAACAGUGAUCAAAGCGCAGAAAAGCAAGACGUUCAUUUUGGGGAGAAGAUAGACAGUUUGCAUGAAUCUGAAGCUAAUCACAGUGACAGGGAUAGCAAAGAGGCCUCUUUAGCCAAAGGGGAUGAUGGAAAAGCAGAGGAUGCUGUUGGAGAGGUGGUCGAGGCAGCUGUUGUAGAUGAUGAGAAGGAUGAUAAUGAGAUCUCUGAGUCGAAGUCAGUAAAUGAGGGCUCUGAUGAAAAGGGAUGCAGUUGUAAGCCUCAGAAUGUUGAGAAUGGAGAAGCUCCUGGGUUGAAUUCCAAUGGGAUUGGCCUGGUACAUGAGACUGAGUCUAAAAAGCAGAACUCCCAUGAGACUGAGGCUGUGCUCCAGCAGAUUCAGGAUGCUCCAGUUAGCCUCAACCAGCAUGCCACCAACAUGAAGAGUGCAGAUCUUGCUCAAAUCGAUGGUGAAAUUGAAGCCAUUUCUCCUCCCUCUGUUGCAGUGGAAGAUUUAGAUAAUUCAGGCUUCAGUGAUGAUGAAGAUAGCAGGAUUACCAGUGGGCCUGCACCCAAUGUGACUUCAAGCCAUCACAGUACGGGUGGCCCUUCAUUGCCGUCUCGUCCUGCUGGACUUGGAACUUCUGCUCCUUUGCCAGAACAUACUGCUCGUGCUCUUCAGCAUCCACGGGUUAAUGGCGCUACUCACCAAAAUCAACCUCUACCAUCUGAAGAAGCCAGUGUGGAUGAUGUAGAAGAAAGUAAAGAGACUCAAGAAAAGCUCCAGAUGAUCCGAGUGAAGUUUCUUCGCCUCGCCCAUAGGCUUGGGCAGACUCCUCAUAAUGUAGUUGUUGCACAAGUUCUUUACAGGCUUGGAUUAGCCGAACAAUUGUGGAGGAACACAAAUAGGACUGGUGUAUUCAGCUUUGACCAGGCCAGUGUAAUGGCUGAACAGCUUGAAGCUGCUGGACAGGAGCCUCUUGAUUUUUCUUGCACGAUUAUGGUUAUCGGGAAAAGUGGAGUUGGUAAGAGUGCUACCAUUAAUUCAAUAUUUGAUGAGGUGAAGUUCUCUACAGAUGCCUUCCAGUUGGGAACAAAAAAAGUGCAGGAUGUUGUUGGUACUGUUCAGGGAAUCAAGGUUAGGGUAAUUGAUACACCUGGGCUCUCAUCCUCUUCUUCCGACCAGCAUCAGAAUGAGAAAAUUCUCCAUUCAGUGAAGAGGUUUAUUAGUAAAAGUCCACCUGAUAUUGUUCUUUACUUUGACCGCUUGGAUAUGCAAAGUAGAGAUCAUGGGGAUGUGCCUCUGCUCCGCUCCAUCACCAAUAUAUUUGGGCCUUCCAUUUGGUUCAAUGCAAUUGUUGUUCUAACCCAUGCUGCAUCUGCUCCACCUGAUGGCCCGAACGGUGCUCCUUUGAGUUAUGAGAUGUUUGUGACUCAGCGGUCCCACGUUGUUCAGCAAGCAAUUCGCCAAGCUGCUGGUGAUCUGCGGCUUAUGAACCCAGUCUCUCUGGUAGAGAACCACACUGCAUGCAGAAUGAAUAGGGCUGGUCAGAGAGUGUUGCCUAAUGGCCUGGUUUGGAAGCCACAGUUGUUAUUACUUUCAUUCGCUUCAAAAAUUUUGGCAGAGGCUAAUCUUCUUCUUAAGCUGCAGGAUAACCCACCUGGUAAGCCCUUUGGAUCUCGUGCAAGAGUUCCUCCUUUACCUUUUCUCUUGUCCUCCCUGCUUCAAUCAAGACCCCAACUAAAAUUGCCAGAAGAGCAAUUUGGUGAGGAGGACUCCCUGGAUGAUGAUUUAGAUGAUGCAUCUGACUCUGGGGAUGAGGCAGAUUAUGAUGAAUUGCCACCAUUCAAGCGGUUGACGAAGGCUCAACUGGCAAACUUGAGUAAAGCACAGAGGAAGGCUUAUUUUGAGGAGCUGGAAUACAGGGAGAAACUCUUUUUCAAGAAGCAGCUGAAAGAGGAAAGAAUGCGCCGUAAACUAUUGAAAAAGACAGCAGAGGCUGCUAAAGAUAUGCCUAGUGAACAUAAUAAUGAGAACUUAGAAGAAGAAAGCAGUGGUCCGGCUUCUGUUCCGGUUCCCAUGCCGGAUCUUGUGCUACCUACUUCAUUUGAUUCUGACAACCCUACUCAUCGGUAUCGUUUUCUGGAUUCUUCCAAUCCGUGGCUUGUCAGACCUGUUUUGGAGACCCAUGGUUGGGAUCAUGAUGUUGGUUAUGAGGGUCUAAAUGUUGAACGCCUGUUUGUGUUGAAAGACAAGAUCCCCAUAUCUGUUUCUGGUCAGUUUACAAAAGAUAAAAAGGAGAGCACAGUUCAGAUGGAGCUGAGCACUUCACUGAAGCAUGGUGAAAAGAAGGCCACUUCAUAUGGUCUGGAUGUUCAAACUGUGGGCAAAGACAUGAUGUAUACAUUACGUACAGAGAUGAGAUUUAACAAUAUCAGGCGAAAUGAUAUGGUGGCAGGUCUUACAGUUACUCAACUUGGGGAUACUGUGUCAGCUGGUUUGAAGGUGGAAGACAAACUGAUUGUUAACAAGAGAUUCAAAGUGCUCAUGAGUGGAGGUGCUAUGACUGGCCGAGGGGAUGUAGCUUAUGGAGGCAGGUUAGAGGCAACUCUAAAAGAUCAGGAUUAUCCUAUUGGGCGGGCGUUGUCUACUCUUGCUCUCUCUGUUGUGGACUGGCAUGGGGACCUUGCUGUUGGCUGCAAUCUUCAGUCUCAGAUUCCAAUAGGAAGAGGAACUAAUUUGAUUGGUCAUGCAAACAUAAGCAACAGGGGCAGUGGGCAAUUGGGCAUUCGUUUUAAUAGUUCAGAACAACUUCAAAUAGCUUUGCUUGCCCUAAUUCCUAUUUUCAGAAAUGUGAAGAAAAUGUUGUCUGGCUCUUCCCAAUCAAUGUAGCACUGUAGCAGGUCAGUUAGUUUGAGUAACAGGGCAAGCUGCCAAAGUAUACAUGUAUGAGACAGCUUAUUUUGCAGUCGUACUUUUGGUACCAUCUGUGAGUAAAGCUAAGCUCUGAGUAUAACUCCUCUAGGUUUCUAAGCAUGUGCGUUUCCAUUUGAAAUUCCAUUGUUUGCUAGCAUCUUGAUUGAUGUGGUAUGAAAUUUUAAGAAGGAAUAUCUUGAUUUUCAACAAA